UCUUAAAGUUUCUGAAAAGCCAAGAAGCACCAAACUCUCGUGUGUGUAAAUACAAUUUAAGAGUAAUAAAACUGCUCUCUCUAUCAAAAAGCAUUCAAGAAAAAAUCAUUUGCAAAGUUAAGCCUAAAAAACAUGGUAGGAACAAAAUUGGCAUGUCAUAUUUUGCGGGAAACAAUGCUUGUGGUAUGUAUAAUGGGAGUGGUUUCGAAUGGGGCAAGUGUGGGAGUGAACUGGGGAACAAUGACGAGCCAUCAACUUCCACCGGCUCAGGUAGUUGAAAUGUUGAAGGAGAAUGGUAUUGAGAAAGUUAAGCUUUUUGAGGCAGACCCGAAGAUCAUGGAAGCUUUGAGAGGCACACACAUUCAAGUCAUGUUGGCUCUUCCUAAUUUCAUGUUAAUGCAGUUGAGUCAGGACUCCAGUGUUGCAGUUGCUUGGGUUGAAGAGAAUGUCACAAAUUAUUUCUACCCAGGUGGAGUAGAUAUCAAGUAUGUCGCGGUUGGCAAUGAACCUUUCCUUCAAACGUAUAAUGCAACAUACCUACCAUACACAUUACCAGCCCUCAAGAAUGUGCAGGAAGCCCUCAACCAUGCCGGGUUUGGAUCGCAGAUAAAAGCAACAGUUCCCUUUAAUGCUGACAUCUAUUACUCCCCGGAGUCAAAUCCACUUCCUUCUGCUGGUGACUUCAGGCCAGAAAUUCGUGAUCUCACUAUUGAAAUAAUCCAGUACUUAUACGCGAAUGAUGCCCCUUUUACUGUUAAUAUAUACCCAUUUCUCAGUCUCUAUGGCAACAAUUAUUUCCCCCUAGAUUACGCCUUUUUUGAUGGAUUAAACAAGCCUGUCAGAGACGGGGAAUAUGUCUACAACAAUGUGUUUGAUGCCAAUUUUGAUACACUUGUCUGGUCUUUAAAGAAAGCUGGAUAUCCCGAGUUGAAGAUCAUAGUUGGAGAAGUGGGAUGGCCAACUGAUGGAGAUAAGCACGCUAAUGCAGACAGUGCAAAAAGAUUCAACCAAGGAUUGAUCCAGCAUGCCUUAAAUGGAAAUGGAACCCCUGCCCGAAAAGGUGUCAUACAUGUUUAUCUCUUUAGCCUUGUCGAUGAGGACACUAAGAGCAUUGCUCCGGGCUUCUUUGAGAGGCAUUGGGGCAUAUUUGAGUUUGAUGGGAAGCCAAAAUAUGAAUUAGACCUCUCGGGUGCUCAACAAAACAAAGGAUUAGUACCCGUUGAAGGCGUUCGCUACAUGCCUAAAAAAUGGUGUGUUUUGAACCCUCGUGUCAAGGAACUGGAUGAUUUGGCUAGUAACGUUGAUUAUGCUUGUAGCCUCUCGGAUUGCACUGCUCUGGGUUUUGGAUCAUCCUGCAAUCAUUUAAGCCGUAAACAGAACGCGUCUUAUGCAUUUAAUAUGUACUUCCAGUUUAAAAAUCAGAAUGGCUGGGACUGCGAUUUUUCAGGAUUGGCAACAUUGACGGAUGAAGAUCCAUCGGAUGAUAAGUGCAGGUUUCCGAUAAUGAUUGCUCGUGGUUCAUCGAAAAUUUUGCUACACAGAAAGAUAUGGUACAUACUAUUAGCAAUUCUUGAGGGAAUUAUAGUUUUUCUGCUGGUUGUAUCCUAAGUGCCUACUUUAAGAUGCCAAGGAACCUUCUUCAUUGUGUAGUUUCUGUAGAACACUAACUUAAAACCCAGGAUAUAAAUGGUAAUUUUUAUACGC